GGUUUUUUGUUAUUUUUAUACACUGAGGCAUUGAGUCUGAACAAUGGUAUUUUUUUGGUUUAAAUGCAACGUGUUGUGAACUUGAGCUUUGGAUUCUCUACACAAUAGAUAUACCUUUUAAUGCAAAUUCUUUUGUGUGUUAAGCUCUUCCUGGUAGUGUCUAAAUAUAGAACUAAAAGACUCUUUGAAAGGAACUCAACCCCAUCCAAGUUGGCUUAACUUAAGAUAUAUACUAGGAAGUUUGAAAUGGUUGGUGCGAUUUCAACUUUAAUAAUUGUCCUGGGACUGAUUACCAGUAAAUCAAUUUAAAUCGCUAUAUUGAUUUGAGAAGAAGUAAAAAGUAAAUGAAAGUUGCAAUUUUCUCAGUGAAAGAAAAUAAAAUAGUGUUGCAAUUAAUGAUUGUUAUUGACAAAAAAUAUUUAGAAACGUAACUAGUGCAAAACUCAGCUGCAGCAGUCAUUUAAGAAAUAAUGGAGGCCGUAACACCAUUGAUUGAAGGAGGAGGAAUAAUAGCAUACCUCAAUUACCUGGUUCCUGCCAAACGGAAGGAAAUCCUGGAUAUCCUCGUCAAUGGAUUGAAACGAAUGGAAUACAGAGGUUACGACUCAGCAGGAGUUGGAUUUGAAGGAAGCAACGUAAAGAAUGGAAGCCAUGAACUUCAAAUGAUUAAACAGAAAGGGAAAGUUGUAAGGCUACAGGAAGAGAUUGAACAGCGCACCGAUCUGGAUAUGGAGAAGGAGUAUGAAACCCAUAUUGGUAUUGCUCACACCCGCUGGGCCACACACGGGGAACCGAGUCCCGUAAACAGCCAUCCCCAGAGGUCGGACAGUUCCAAUGAAUUUCUUGUUGUGCACAAUGGCAUCAUCACAAACUACAAAGACUUGAAAUCAUUUCUGAUCUCCAAGGGAUACGAGUUUGAAUCGGAAACCGAUACAGAAGUGAUUGUGAAGCUGGUGAAACACAUUUAUGACAACCACAAAAAUUCGGCCAUUUCCUUCAGAGAGUUGGUGGAGCUCACAAUUCAACAGCUGGAAGGAGCAUUUUCGCUGGUGUUUAUGAGUUCUAAAUUCCCAGGAGAAUGUGUCUCUUCCAGGCGGGGCAGUCCGCUAGUUAUUGGUGUAAAGAGCAAGGCCAAGCUGUCUACUGACCAUAUCCCAAUCCUCUACAGCAAAGAACCAAAUCUUUCGGAAAAGAAAGAAACCUUCUUUAUGGUAGAUCACAAAAGUAGACUACAACAGUUUGAUCACAGAGGCUUGAUGAACCCAUCGCUGCAUCACACUGAUAGUACCACAGAAUUCCAUCCAAUCGGGAACAAGGCGGUAGAAUAUUUCUUUGCCUCGGAUGCAAGUGCAAUCAUCGAGCACACCAAUCAGGUGAUCUAUCUGGAGGAUGAUGACGUAGCUGCUGUGCAGAAUGGUUGUCUGACUAUUCACCGAAUCAAACGCACUCUGGACGAAUCUACAACUCGCGAAGUGACCACUAUCAAAAUGGAGAUCCAGCAAAUUAUGAAAGGAAGUUACAGCUCGUUCAUGCAGAAGGAAAUCUUUGAACAACCUGAGUCUGUGGUGAACACCAUGAGAGGACGUAUGAACUUUGAAACUAAUCAAGUUGUGUUGGGCGGAAUUAAAGACUUUAUGGUGGAGAUUCGGCGAUGCCGCAGACUUUUAUUUAUAGCCUGUGGGACCAGCUACCACAGUACUGUAGCAACAAGGCAGCUAAUGGAAGAGUUGACAGAACUCCCAGUGAUGGUGGAAUUAGCCAGUGACUUUCUGGACCGACAGACACCAGUGUUCCGGGAUGAUGUCUGCUUUUUUAUCAGUCAAUCAGGUGAGACAGCAGACACUCUGAUGGCCCUGCGAUACUGUAAGCAGCGGGGAGCAUUGAUCGUUGGCAUCACAAACACUGUAGGCAGCAGUAUCUGUCGUGAAUCUCACUGUGGUGUACAUAUUAAUGCUGGACCAGAAAUCGGAGUGGCCAGCACUAAAGCUUAUACUAGUCAAUUUAUCUCACUUGUGAUGUUUGCCCUUGUCAUGUGUGAAGACAGAAUCUCAAUGCAAGAGAGGAGGAAAGAAAUCAUUCAAGGACUCAAACACUUGCCAGACCAGAUCAAAGAAGUGCUGAAGAUUGACGAGCAUGUUCACACACUGGCCAGGGAACUAUACCAACAGAAGAGUUUACUGGUGAUGGGAAGGGGAUACAACUACGCAACGUGUCUGGAAGGAGCGCUGAAAAUAAAAGAGUUGACGUACAUGCAUUCGGAGGGCAUUCUAGCAGGAGAGCUUAAGCAUGGUCCACUGGCCCUAGUGGACAAAGCCAUGCCGGUUAUGAUGGUGGUGACCAGAGACAAGGUCUAUCCUAAAUGUAUGAAUGCUCUGCAGCAAGUGAAAGCACGACACGGUAAUCCGAUAGUGUUAGGCAUUACGGAUGACAAUGAGACAAGACAGCAAGCCAAUAAGUUCAUUGGUGUGCCCUCCACCAUAGACUGCUUACAGGGCAUUCUCACCAUAAUCCCUAUGCAGUUAAUCUCCAUGCAUAUUGCACAGUUGAGAGGAUGUGAUAUUGAUCGACCUCGCAGUUUACUGAAGAUGCACACGUUUUGACCACCAUUACAGAACAUGAUGAAUCAGUAUUCCAAAGUCAAAGUCGUAUUUUUGUUACGGUUUUGAGAGGGACCAAAUAUAAUGGAGCCUAGACUGCAUUUUGAAAUAAUUGUAAAUUAUAUAAACUUUUUGAAUUAUGUUGUGAUUUAACAACAUGGGAUCUGCUUGUUAGCAUAUAUGUAUACAAUGUAUAAUUUGUAAAGGGGAGUCAAAGACUUGUAUUUCCUCCAAAUAAGGAAAAUUAACCUGUUGUGUGGGUAUCCCAAUAUAGUUAGAUUUCUGGGGUUAUAGGUCAAUAUCAUCCUGUGUGUGCUAGAUGUGUAGGCGCACAUCAUUUAAAUUGAUUAGUGAUGAAGUUUAUACGUUGGCUAAUUGAUGUAGUAGCAUCUGCAUAAUGAGUUUACGUCAGCGGAAUUCGCUGAUAUUUUUUUUUAUGUGUUAUGUUUUGGGUUUUUUUGUUUGUUACAUUGGUAUAAGUACCACUCUGUAUUUGUUUAUUAUUACACCAACCAUUGCAUUCUGAUAAGAGCUUUGUGUUACUGUUUCAUUUGAAUUUUAAGGACCUACCCCUUGUGCUAAAUAUUAUUUGUUGUUUUGUUACUCUAAAACAAUCUCGGUAUAUACCUGUACCUAAUACAAUGUGCUCUGUUACUCUAAAACAAUCUCGGUGUAUAACUGUACUUAAUACAAUGUGUUUUGUUGCAUGAUUAUGUGUUGUUGAAUCAUGUAGAUCUGCACAGAUGCUGAUGGAAAUAAAACUAUUUAAAUACGCAAGUGAAAUCAAAAUCUUCUCGCAGCGUGAUGAAACUGCAAUGUUUGUAUCUUUUGAAUAAUAAACAUCAAUCUAGUUAAAAUUAAAUGUUGGAUCCCCCACAAACCUGAGCUGAGAGGGUGGAUUUGAAUGAAAUUGAAUGUCCAUUCCACUAAAACCAGUGAUCUUGACAAGAUUCCAGAAGACUCUUAUUACAGAUUCUAUAAAUAGAUUCUACAAUGAUGCAAUCAUGUGACUUUUUAUUGAUCAGAUCUUCACCGACAAUCAUGUGACUAAAAUACUCACUAGUCACCAUUGCAAUGAUUACAUGCUCUCGCGAUUUUUACAGAUCUCUACCCUAUUGUAUUGUGUAAAACAUUUACAUGUAUUGAUUUAUUAUGAUAUAUUUUAUUUUUAUCCAUCUGACGAUGAAUGCUGGAUUAUAUCUUCUUUCUUUUCCAAUUAAUCUGUUAAUGUGUGAUAGUCAAAUUAUUCUAUCCUACCUGUGAUUGCAGAGAGGAGUAUAUUGAAAUGGUUGAGCAGGAUUGGUUUAACAAUCCGCAACACAAUCUUCAAAUUAAUAGGUCUAUUCAUAUAUUUGUUUGGUGGAAUCUCUACAAUGUACACUUAAGGAAAAAUACUGAUAGUUGAAUUGUUCUACAUUCAAUAACUAACUGGUGUUGCUUUACUUUUCUGGUGGUAUAGAAUACCUGUAGAUUAAUCCAGGAAGUAGUUGUGCAUUGUGAUUAACGCUGGAUAAAUCGUGAUUUCCUCCGGAUAAAUCACUGAUUAACACUGCAUAAAUCAUUGUAAUUUACAUGGGAUAAAUUAUUGUGAUUAACGCCGGGUAAAUCAUUGUGAUUGAUGCCGGAUAAAUCAUUGUGAUUUACAUUGUGAUUAAAUGCCGGGUAAAUCAUUGUGAUUAAUGCCAGAUAAAUCAUUGUGAUUAAUGCUGGAUAAAUCAUUGUGUUUAACGCUGGAUAAAUCAUUGUGAUUAAUGCCGGAUAAAUCAUUGUGAUUAAAUGCCAGAUAAAUCAUUGUGAUUAAUGCUGGAUAAAUCAUUGUGAUUAAAUGCCAGAUAAAUCAAUGUGAUUGAUGCUGGAUAAAUCAUUGUGAUUAACACCGGAUACAUCAUUGUGAUUAACACAUGACUUGCACAGGAUAAAUCAUUGAUAUUGGAUAAUUUAUGUAUUUUAUUCAAUAGGAUCUGCUUUCCUGAAGCAAUGUAAUUGCUUCCAUUAAAUCAUUAUUGAUACAUUAUUAUGUAAUCGAGGGAAAAUAAAUUUCUAAAACUAUU